CAGAACGGUGGAUUUAAUUGGCCGGAGUUUAGGGCGCGCCAGACCCGCGUGGGUCAGCUGAUCGUGCACUGAGGGGGCGAUUUGGGGCUCCCCAAUCCUCCUCGAGGCGCCUCCGCGGCCCAGAAACAACUGGGUCCCGGUGUCGGCAGGCCUGGGGUUGGCGACGGCCGCUCUUUUCGUUCUGUCGCCUGCCCAAUGGAAGAGCCUCCCGGGAAGCCCCUCAGCUGUGAGGAGAAGGAAAAGUUAAAGGAGAAAUUAGCAUUCUUGAAAAGGGAAUACAGCAAGACACUAGCCCGCCUUCAGCGUGCUCAAAGAGCUGAAAAAAUAAGGCAUUCUAGUAAGAAAACAGUAGAAGAACAAGAUCGCUUGUCCCAGCAGGAAUUCUCACCACAGCUAAACCACUCAGAACUUAAAAAUAAAAUAUCUCUUUAUAACAAGUUACACAUCAAAACCCAUCUUGAUGAAGAAACUGGAGAAAAGACAUCUAUCACACUUGAUGUUGGGCCUGAGUCUUCUAAUCCUGGAGAUGGCCCAGGAGGAUUACCUAUACAAAGAACAGAUGACACCCAAGAACAUUUCCCACACAGGGUCAGUGACCCUGAUAGUGAGAAAAAACAGAAACUGCCAAGGAGAAGUAAGAAGCAGCAGAAAAGAACAUUUAUUUCACAGGAGAGAGACUGUGUCUUUGACACUGAUUCACUCAGACAGUCUGGGAAAAGCCUAAAGGAACAGGAAGAAAUGAGCAGCAAAAAUCCUACUAGAUCACCAGUAGCUGAAAUAAGAACCCACUUUUUAACUCUUCAGUCUGAACUUCUGGAUUCUCCAGAACCAAUUACAGAAACUAAUGGAGACAGUAUAUUAAUUCCACCAACUGCCCAACCAGAAAAAGGUGUUGAUACACUCCUAAGAACUAAUUUCACCAAGACGACUACAGUUCCUUUACAGACUCCAUCAGAUAGUAGAAGGAGUCAGCACUUUGAACAUAUUCCUCCUAAAGGUAGCAGUGAGCUUACUACUCACGGCCUAAAAAGCAUUAGAUUUACUUCACCUAUAAGUUUGGAGGCACAGGGCAAAAAAGUAACUGUCUCUACAGAGAACCUGGUUGUAAAUAAAGCUGUAAGUGGCCAUCUGCUCACAAGUUCUAAUUUAGAGGCAGAUAUUUCAUGUUCUACAAAUGAACUCACUCACAAUAACUUAUCAGCAAAUGAAAACCAAAACUUAAAAGAACAAAAUCAAACAGAAAAAUCUCCCAGCGAUGCUCUUGAUGGCAGAAAUGAAAAUCUUCAGGAAAAUGGUAUUCUAAGUCAACCUAAGAGUCUUAGCCUAGAAGCAACUUCUCCUCUUUCUGCAGAAAAACAUUCUUGCACAAUGCUUGAAGGUCUUCUGUUUCCUGCAGAAUAUUAUGUUAGAACAACACGAAGCAUGUCCAAUUGCCAGAGGAAAGUAGCCGUGGAGGCUGUCAUUCAGAAUCAUUUGGAUGUCAAAAAGAAAGGGUGUAAAAAUAAAAAUAAGGAUGCAAGUAAAAAUUUAAACCUUUCCAAUGAGGAAACCGACCGAAGUGAAAUUCGGAUGUCUGACACAUGCACAGGACAACCGAGUUCAAGAAACUCUCAGAAACUUUUCUCAUUAACUAAAGUCAACUCUCCCACUGGGCCCACUGAAGACAAUGACUUGUCUAGGAAGGCAGUUGCCCAGGCAUCUAGUAGAAGAAACAGAGGAAAAAGAAAAUCAGCCUGCACCCCAGCAUCAGAUCAUUGUGAACCACUUUUGCCAACUUCCAGCACAUCAGUUAUUAAUAGGGCCAAGGAGGAAGUCACCUCGCACAAAUAUCAGAACAAAAAAGCAGUUAUUCAAGAGAAAGGGAAGAAAAGUCGUCAUCAAAAAGAGGACUCCCUUUCUUGGAGUAAUAGUGCUUAUUUAUCCUUGGAUGAUGAUGCUUUCAUAGCUUCGUUCCAUAAGAAUGGAAUGCUGAGUUUAAAGCAACUAUCGUCUUUUCUCAAUAUCACAGACUUUCAGUUACCUGAUGAAGACUUUGGGCCUCUUAAGCUUGAAAAACUGAAAUCCUGCUCAGAAAAACUAAUGGAGCCCUUUGAAUCAAAAGUGUAUGGAGAGAGGCAUCUUAAAGGGAGAAAUUGUAUUUUUCCAGAGGAACUGAGUCCUAAAUGCAUGGAUACAGAAAUGGAAGACUUAGAAGAGGAUGUUGUUGUUUUGCCAGGAAAAUCGCAUCCCAAAAUGCCAAACCCACAAAGCCAGUGUGCAAAGAAGGGCCUUUCUUCAUCCAUAUUACUUUAUACUCCUUUAAAUACAGUUGUGCCUGAUGAUAAUGAUAGACCUACUGCAGACAUGUGUUCACCUGCUUUCCCCAUCUUAGGUACUACUCCAGCCUUUGGCUCUCAAGGCUCCUAUGAAAAAGCAUGCACAGAGGUCACUGGACAAACUUGCUGUACACCCCAACUUGCUCAUUUGAAAGACUCAAUCUGUCUUGCCAGUGAUGGUAAACAGUGCGACAGUUCAAGCAGCCCAGCAAAACCACAUACCACCCUGCAAGUGUCAGGCAGGCAAGGACAACCUACCUGUGACUGUGAGUCUGUCCUGCAAGGAACAUCCCCACCCGUUGAGUCAUUCACUUUUAAAGAAAAUCAGCUCUAUGGAAACACAUGCCAGGAGUUGCGUAAACAGUUUGUUGAACAGAAUGAAGUAGCAGUGCUUCCUGCUUCUGGUAGCAUAAACCCAGGCAACCUAAAAUUGGUUUCAAAGUUAAAGAAUCUUUCAGGUUCCUGUUCCGUAGAUGUGAGUGCCAUGUUUUGGGAAAGAGCCGGUUGUAAGGAGCCAUGUAUCAUAACUGCUUGUGAAGACGUAGUUUCUCUUUGGAAAGCUUUGGGUGCUUGGCAGUGGAAAAAACUUUAUACCUGGCACUUCACAGAGGUUCCAGUAUUACAGAUAGUUCCAGUGCCUGAUGUGUAUAAUCUGGUGUGUGUAGCUUUGGGAAAUUUGGAAAUCAGAGAGAUCAGGGCAUUGCUUUGUUCCUCUGAUGAUGAAAAUGAAAAGCAAGUACUACUGAAGUCUGGAAAUAUAAAAGCUGUGCUUGGCCUGACAAAGAGGAGGCUAGUUAGUAGCAGUGGGACCCUUUCUGAUCAACAAGUAGAAGUCAUGACGUUUGCAGAAGAUGGAGGAAGCAAAGAAAACCAAUUUUUGAUGCCUCCUGAGGAGACUAUUCUAACUUUUGCUGAGGUCCAAGGGAUGCAAGAAGCUCUGCUUGGUACUACUAUUAUGAACAACAUUGUUAUUUGGAAUUUAAAAACUGGUCAACUCCUGAGAAAGAUGCACAUUGAUGAUUCUUACCAAGCUUCAGUCUGUCACAAAGCCUAUUCUGAAAUGGGGCUUCUGUUUAUUGUCCUGAGUCAUCCCUGUACCAAAGAGAGUGAGUCGUUGGAAAGCCCUGUGUUUCAACUGAUUGCGAUUAACCCUAAGACGACCCUGAGUCUGGGUGUGAUGCUGUACUGCCUUCCUCAAGGGCAGGCUGGCAGGUUCCUGGAAGGUGAUGUGAAAGAUCAUUGUGCAGCAGCAAUCUUGACUUCUGGAACAAUUGCCAUUUGGGAUUUACUUCUCGGUCACUGCACUGCCCUCCUCCCACCUGUCUCUGACCAAAACUGGUCUUUUGUGAAAUGGUCAGGUACAGAUUCUCAUUUGUUGGCUGGACAAAAAGAUGGAAAUAUAUUUGUAUAUCACUACUCAUAAGUUAGGGUAAAGCAGAAACACAAUUUUCUGGAUAUAUUUGGCCUCUUGUUAUUUUUUGGAGUUUUAAAUAUAAAGGAGAAUGUCUGAAUGACAUUUAAAAUAAUUACUUGUAUAUGUCCAGACAGACUUAUUUUUUAUUUUGAUGAUAGUGGUACCAUUGAUCUUAGAUGUACAUUUAUGUUUACUUUGAGAAAAAGGGCUUUAGGUUGAUUUUUGUAAUUCCUCACAUUUGCACAUGUGCUUUUAAAGGUGUACGUAAAGUUUCAAAUGGCAAUAAAUACUUAUUUUUAUACAUUC